UUCCCCACUGUUUCUCAUCUUCAACAAAUUAGACAGAAAAUGGCUAGAGUAGCAGGCAUUUUUCUGUGCCUCCUGAUUUUAGUGAUGGAUGUUGCAGCUGGGAUUCUUGGCUUUGAGGCAGAAACAGCACAGAACAAGGUGAAGCAUUUAAGAGUGUGGAUAUUUGAGUGCAGACAGCCAAGUCAUCAAGCCUUCAUGUUGGGGUUGGUAGCAGCAGUGCUUUUGGGAUUAGCUCAUGCCAUAGCCAACAUGCUAGGUGGCUGCAACUGCAUUUGCUCUCAACAUGAGUUUGAGAAGGCUUCCUCAAAUAGACAAAUCUCAACAGCUUGUCUCAUUUUAACUUGGGUUGUGUUGGCCAUUGGAUUGUCCAUGUUGGUGAUAGGGACAAUGUCAAACAAUAGGUCAGAUGGAUCAUGUGGUUUCUCACACCAUCAUUUCUUGUCCAUUGGAGGAAUCUGCUGUUUUGUUCAUGGCCUGUUCUGUAUUGCAUAUUACGUUUCUGCCACUGCCUCUAUGGAUUAAUUAGUGAGUAAGAAAAGCAUCUUGAAGCCACUCAAUCAAGCUUUAGUGCUUUUGUAGCUUUCCACAAUGAACUUGCUUUGCAUGCCAAAGUGUGUAGAAGACUUUUCAUACCUUCUGUACUCAAAAAGUUGAACCAUUUUACAUCACCAAAUUACCCUUC